CUCUCCCCUAGCCUGUGACGUCCACCACUGCAAACAUUUGCUGCCUGCCAGCCUACCUGCAGACCCCCUCCUCUCAGUCACGAUGACCCGCACCCUCUGCUUGAGCUCCCUCCUCCUCCUCCUGCUGUCCCUCUCCUGCCCCGCACGCGCUGAACCCCGCCGGACCACGUCCUCUCAGCGCAGGGCGCCGCGCGCACCAGCCGCCAAGGUGCGUUUGGCGGGCAACUAUGCGCGAGAGCCGCACGAAGGGCGCGUGGAGGUGCUGCACAACAACACGUGGGGGACCGUCUGCGACGAUGAAGUGGACAUCAAGCUGGCCAACGUGGUGUGCCGAGAGCUGGGCUUCCAGAGCGGUGUGACGUGGGCACACAGCGCCAAGUAUGGAGAAGGAGUGGGCCCGAUAUGGAUGGAUAACGUACGCUGUGACGGCACAGAGAAGUCCUUGAAGGACUGCAAACACAACGGUUGGGGCGUGAAUGACUGUAAACACUCUGAAGAUCUGGGGGUGGUGUGCACUGUUGAGCGCAGGCAGGAUCUCACAGCCAGUCGAGGCCACACCACCGCCUUCAGGCCCAGUGGCAACACCGCACCUCAAUGGCAGGGCCAAGUGGCGACCCGCAGGCACUCAGGAUAUGGCUAUUAUGGAAACGGACAUCAAGACAUCCCCAGGUUCCAAAGACACCGCCAGGGUCACAGUAAGGUGCAAAUCGAGGAGGUCCGUCUUCGUCCCAUCCUCAUGGCCACCAAGAGGAAGAGCCUGAUCACAGAAGGUGUGGUGGAAGUGAGGCAUGCAGGGAGAUGGCGGCAGGUUUGUGACCUGGGCUGGAGUCUCAACAGCAGCCGAGUUGUGUGCGGGAUGCUUGGCUUUCCGGAGGCUACUCAGCACAAUGUCAAAACAUACAAGAAAAUUUGGGAUACCAAGGUUGCAGAUCCUUCAACAAGACUGAGCCUCAUGGCAAAGAAGAAGGGAUUCUGGGUAGAGAAAGUUCACUGUCUGGGCAGUGAGAACAGCCUGUCAGAGUGCAUUGCUCAGCUGUCAAUCCCUCGCAGUCCCUCUCCCUGUAAGAACGGGAGACAUGCAGUUGUCAAGUGUGUGCCAGGACCUCAGUUUGCUCGCAUCUCCUCAGGCAGACCCCAGGCCCCCUAUCCAGCUGUGCCUGUGCGUCUGAAGGCUGGCCCCAGGCUGGGCGAGGGCCGUGUGGAGGUGCUCCGAGAUGGAAAAUGGGGGACCAUCGUGGACCACAUGUGGGAAAGAACUGCAGCCAGUGUGGUGUGCAGAGAACUGGGCUUUGGUACUGCCAAGGAUGCCUUGCAUGGAGCCUUCAUGGGUCAAGGCACAGGACCGAUCCAUAUGAACAGUGUACAGUGUAUGGGGACAGAGCACUCCAUCCUAGACUGCUACUACCAGGAAGUUCCAUUGUGGACGUUCAAACACAGCCAGGACGCCUCAGUACGCUGUAAUGUCCCUAAAACCGGCAUAGAGAACACGGUGCGGCUUGUUGGAGGUAGAGUCCCGUCAGAAGGCCGUGUGGAAGUGUUGAUGGAGGUUGGGGGUCGUAAGCGCUGGGGCUCUGUCUGUAGUGAGAACUGGGGCAUCAACGAGGCCAUGGUGUUAUGCAGACAGCUCGGCCUGGGCUUUGCAGCCAGCGCUCAUCAGGAGACCUGGUACUGGCCAGGUGACUCAUCUGCAGGUGAUGUGAUUCUUAGUGGAACUCACUGUGUGGGCACAGAGCUUUCAAUUCAACAGUGUCGCCGCAACAACCAUGUUCAUUGUCCUCGAGGAGGCGGAACUAAGGCUGCUGGGGUCAGCUGUUCAGACACGGCACCUGACCUCGUUUUGGAUUCCCAGCUGGUCCAGGAGACAGCCUACCUGGAGGACCGACCGCUCCACUUGCUGACCUGCGCCAACGAGGAGAACUGUCUGUCCUCGUCUGCUGCCAGGAUGAACUGGCCUUAUGGACACAGACGCCUGCUGCGCUUUUCCUCCCGCAUCAUGAACCUGGGUCGAUCUGACUUUAGACCCAAAGCAACAAGAGAGAGUUGGACAUGGCACCAGUGUCACAGGCACUACCACAGUAUCGAGGUGUUCACACAUUACGACCUGCUGACUCUGAAUGGCACGAAGGUUGCCGAGGGACACAAGGCCAGUUUCUGUCUGGAGGACACGUACUGCCCCGACGGACUCCAGAAGCGCUUCUCCUGCUAUAACAUGGGUGAUCAGGGUAUCUCUGUGGGCUGUUGGGAUACAUAUCGCCACGAUAUCGACUGUCAGUGGGUUGAUGUGACGGAUGUUCGGCCAGGAGACUACAUCUUUCAGGUGGAGGUUAACCCCUCGAUGGACAUGGCUGAGUCUGACUUUAUGAACAAUGUCAUGAGAUGUCGGUGCAAAUAUGACGGCCACAGAGCUUACAUGUAUGGAUGUCAUGCAGGUGAUGCAUACAGCGCAGAGAUCGAGGACCUGUUUGAACACCAGAGGCAAAUCACCAACAACUUUGUGUAGCCCAUCCCAGGGCCCAGCGCGAAGGCCUUCCAGUGGGGCCCAGAGACUACUCAGGGUGGGCUGAGGUCAAUGGCCCCAGGCCCUUGGGACCUUAGGACCCACAAUAACAGACAACACAACAACACCAACACACCUCCUUGGCAGAUGUGGAUAAAACACUCACAAGCACAUCAUAUCACAGCAGCGACCAUUGCAGAGACUUCAUUGACAACAAGAGUGGAACAGGUGCCAGAUGGCUCAACAUGUUUUUAACUCUAGUUAAGUAAGAAGAUAUUGGAUAUGGAUUCAAACUAUACUGAAUUUUGUGAAUGUGGAUGACUAGUAACUUAAGGUAGUUAUUCAAAAACGUAUACGCAUGAAAGUAAUGUCGCUAUAACUAAACUGUCACUAAGACAAUGAGGAAGCUGUCGGGAAAUCUCACUCCCAAAAUAGAAGAUAUGGAAAAAUGAGAAAAAUAAUAAUAUUGUGAAUUUGUGUAAUUUCUGUUACAAAUGGUUGGAUUAAUGCACAUGCAGCAAAAAGUACUAUAAUUUGCUCUGUUGGCAUUAUUUUACCCAAAUUCUUUACUUGUUGAAUUUUGUAACUGUUGCGCUUUUACAUUACUUCAAUAUUGGUGCUCUCUAACAAUACUGUAUGUCGUUAUUUUAACCUCACUACGUUUCAGGUGAACAGUGUUGUACAAUGCAUUUUGGUUUUAUUUUACAGUUAAUGAGGUAUUUUAUCAUUGCUUUGGUUUUAACAAAAUCAUUGUUUUAUAAAAGUGUAGUCGUGCUACAGCGUUUUGCUUCUCAUCUAGAAUAGGUAAGAAGAGGUCAAAUGAUUUUUAUGGAACAAAGCACUUUAUCUUUUAUACAGCAGUAUUCCAGUUUUGCCCUUUUUUUUUUUUUAAAUCAGCCACCAAUUUGACUUUUUAAGAUGUAUAUCUAAAAAACACUUUAUUGUGUUUUACAUUUGAGAAAGUGAAAUAUAAGGUUUGUGUUUAGUUUUCAUAUUCAAUGUACUAUUUAUGCUGUAACUUUAUUUAUUCAUGGUUUUCACACAUACACAGCAUGCUCAGUAAAGAGUUUGUUAGCUAGCGCUUAAUUAACAAUACUGAUUUUUUGUUUUGUUUUUCUGAUGUUAUUAACCAGGAAGGAGAAACUGAUUUCAUACAGGGCAUAAUAUUAGAUCGUUCCCAUGAUACAGAAGAAUAAUUGUUGAUUUAUUUUUGUUAUUAAAACAACUGUAACUGUACAGUUUUUCUCCUCCAGCCUCUGCGAUGGGAGGGAGAAACCACAGUAUUGUGGCAGGCUGGCAGGCUGGGUUUUGAGAGCAUAUAAAAAGCCUUUUAAUUACGUCUGUUUGGGUUAGACUUAAGGUUACAGUUAAGGUUAGGGCUAUAGCAUGUGCUUUAUAAAGAAACACUAUGGAAUUGUAACUUAGGGAAUCACAGGGAGAGGGGGAAUCCAUCUUUACACAAGCUACGAGUCAGACUCUGAGUGAUUCAGUGAGACAGUGAUUUAAAGAAAGACUGAGGAAGUGACACAGAAAGAGAAAGAGGGAUGAAGUUCGGAGAAAGACUUAUGCAGACAUACAGUUUUUACUAGCAGAGCUGCCUUUUUGUAGGCAGCCAUACAGAGACCACAAGCUGGCUUUUUCAGCUCCCCAACAAGAACAACAUGUUUGUCUGGGAGAGAAAAUAUACUCCUCAAUUCACGCUUUGACACAGUAAACAGUGGCCUUAUUUUUACUAAAGCCGGGCCUGCUCAAAUAUACUGUAUCUCUCUUGACACUCGCUUCGCUAGCGUUUUAGCUCCACACCAAACAAUGAUGCAACUCCUUGUGCUUUACAACAUGGAACUUGUGUUAAUCAUGUUGUGUUAUCCCAUUAAUGUGUUUGAUGUGCUUGGCUUAAUGUCUUAGUGGUUAAACCUGUUAAGACAUGUUUUUUUCUAAUGGCCAGUUUCCAGGACACGCUGUGGAAAGGACAAGUCACUCAUAACGACAACUGUAGACUGAAUUAAUUUCUUUAGCACAUUGUUUCCCUCCUCGCGGGGAUUUAAUGAUUUUGAGCCCACAAAGAGGGUUCCGAAAAACGAGUAGCUGUUUAGGAAAACUUUUUAGCCCCAUUACUAAAAACUGAUGGAGAUAUAAAUGUUAGUAGACAUGAAAACUUCAAUGAGUGUUUACUGAUAUGCUUUUCUGUUUGUUUGUGCUUGUGUACAGUUGCUAUUGACAUAUUAUGGUCUGUUCUGUGUUAUUUAAAAUUAUAUGCCAUUCCAUAUCCUAAGUGGGUUCAUAUUCGCCACUCUCAUAUUACUGUAUUGUACCCAUGCUAUAGGCGUAGCACUGGGACAUUGUUUUCCAUGGCCAGUUGUGUUUUACUUUUUGUCUAUAAAGCCGAGAGUGUGAGCUACAUGGUGCUUAUCUACAAUCAUAUUCAUAGAAAGCUGUGCUCUCAGGGACUUUAACCUCAUCUAAAGAGAAAAAAAAUGUUUCAUGUGAUGUGAUUAGGGUUGCUUUUAGCUGUGAUGCAUACACUCUCAUAAAAAAGUACCCACAUGUUUAUUUUACAGGUAAAAAUUGAAGUAAUUAAGGUGAUAAGCUUUGUUACAUGUUUUCCUCAAGGGAAGUUAGGAUGACUGUGGAUAGACACUGGCUGAAUCAGAGGCAAAUUUCAGUUCGAGACCAAAUCGCAAUCCAUUCAUUCAUCAUUACUGUGAAUCAAUAAAACUU